AUGGGGGUGGCUGAUGUAGAUGGGCCAAUGCAGGGGCUGACUGGUGGUGGUGGUGGUGAGGAGAAAAUUUUGGUUUCAGUCCGGUUGCGGCCUUUGAAUGAGAAGGAAAUCACAAAGAAUGAUGUAUCAGAUUGGGAAUGCAUUAAUGAUGACACUGUCAUAUACAAGAAUAACCUUUCAGUGUCAGAGCGUUCCAUGUAUCCAACAGUUUAUACAUUCGAUAGAGUAUUUGGGCCAAGUUGCUCCACAAGACAAGUCUAUGGAGAAGGAGCCAAGGAAGUUGCUCUUUCAGUAGUCAGUGGGAUAAACUCAAGUGUAUUUGCAUAUGGACAAACAAGUAGUGGAAAAACAUUCACUAUGAGUGGAAUUACCGAGUACACUGUAGCAGAUAUAUAUGACUAUGUCGAGAAGCAUAAGGAAAGAGAGUUUACUUUGAAGUUCUCUGCCAUGGAGAUUUACAACGAAUCUGUCAGAGACCUCCUCAGUACAGAUACAACUCCUCUUCGACUUCUAGAUGAUCCAGAGAGAGGCACUGUUGUGGAGAGGCUCACAGAGGAAAUUAUAAGGGACUGGAAUCAUUUUAAAGAACUUCUAUCUGUCUGUGAAGCUCAGAGACAAAUAGGGGAGACCUCCCUUAAUGAAGCAAGCUCUAGAUCUCAUCAGAUUCUGAGGCUGACGAUUGAAAGUUCCGCGCGUGAGUUUGUAGGCCAUUACAAGUCCAGCACUCUUGCUGCCACUGUGAAUUUUGUUGAUCUAGCAGGAAGUGAGCGCGCUUCUCAGUCAUUAUCGGCUGGCAUGAGGUUGAAAGAAGGUUGCCACAUAAAUCGUAGUCUACUGACAUUGGGAACUGUUAUCCGUAAGCUAAGCAAAGGAAGAAAUGGACAUAUUCCGUUUAGAGAUUCAAAGCUGACUCGAAUAUUGCAGUCCUCUUUAGGAGGCAAUGCUAGGACUGCCAUCAUCUGUACCAUGAGCCCUGCACGAAGCCAUGUUGAACAAUCUAGAAACACACUUCUGUUUGCAAGUUGUGCUAAAGAAGUGACAACCAAUGCACAGGUCAAUGUAGUCGUCUCUGAUAAAACACUGGUAAAGCAACUGCAAAAAGAAUUGGCUAGAUUGGAAAGUGAAUUGAAAAAUACUCGACCAGAUUCCGUCAGAUCAGACUCCACUGCAGUACUGAGAGAAAAAGACCUUCAGAUUGAAAAGCUAAUGAAAGAGGUUGCAGAGCUGACUCAGCGACUCGAUCUUGCUCAGUCUCAGGUCGAGAAUCUACUGCAAGCAUCUGAAGGUGACAGAGCUUCAACGAUAUGGCCAGAUCCAGAUCAUCACUACCCUAAAUUGCGAGUGCGGAAUUCCUUCAGAUCUGACAAUUCAGUAUCAUGUUCACUCAUUUCAGAAGAUCCUCCCUCCCUAGAUCUAGGUGCCAGAUCUUUUGAUGCAUCAGAUGUGCCAAGUAGCAUAAGUUCUGAGGCAAACUCCAUCCAAUUCCCAGAGUUUGAAGAGAAUUACUUUCCAGAAAAUUUCUCUCUGGAGCACGCAAUUAGCACCUCUAAUUUUGUAGGAAAUGAUCUGCAUGAGAAAAAGGAUGCUGAAGAACAAACUAAUCAAAAUUUUGAUGAUAAUUGGAAGGAAGUUCAAUGCAUCGAAGUGGAAGAGUCAAGCAUAAACCAAUAUCCAAAUUCGAAGACAUCAGAGUCUAGGCCAUACAGAUUUGAAGAACCUAAUUCGCCUCCUCCAGAUAUAAAAACAGAUACCUUAGGUUUAACAAAGGUCGGAAAUGAAGAGAGAGCAAAUCAAGAAUUCAAAUCACCUCCAUUGAAGGAACAAAAGGAGUUGAAUGGUAUGCAAUCCACUUUUACUGUACCAUCUCCUGAAAAGCCCUCUCCAUGGCUGCUGGAAGCAAGCCUGUCUGAAUCAACAAGAGAAUUCAAGUCACCCCCAUUGAAGGAACGGAAAGAGUUGAAUGGUAUGCAAUCCACUUUUAUUAUACCAUCUGCUGAAAAGCCCUCUCUAUGGCUGCUGGAAGCAAGCCUGUCUGAAUCAAGAAGCUUUUUGAUCAGGAGUAGAAGUUGUAGAGCAAGGCUUAUGAAUAACUCCCCAGGUUUCUGUUUCGAGAAAGUAGAAGAUAAUGAGAGCACGCCAUCAUUUGGGUUUGAGAAAGAUUUCCCCGGGAGACCUGAGGGUUUUCUAAGGAAACCUACUGCAUUGAAGUAUGAUCUUGACGUCGAAAGGUUUUCAAGAAAUGUAUCUCAGAACUCUAUGUUUAGUUGUGCUGUUAAUGAGCUCAAAGAGGGAAGUGUUGGAACUUCACCUGAUUGGAGGACUGCAAGUGUUGGUAACUCAGAUGCGGGAUUGCUGUACAUGGCUGAUGAUUUGGCACAAGAAACAACAGAAGAGAACUCAGAGAAUGUAGAAGAUGAUGGCUUGGAAGCAACGCGAGAUAAUGUGUCCGCAAAGAAAGUAAAAGACGUCGGCAUGGAUGCAAAGCAAGAUAAUUUGUGUGCAAAAAAUGUAAAAGAUCUUGGCUUGGAUGCACUGCAACAUAAUGUGUCUGCAAAGAAAAUAAAAGAUAUAGGCUUGGAUCCAAUUCAAGACGGUGUGUCAGCAAAGAAUGUAAAAAAUGUUGGCUUGGAUCCUAUUGAAGAUGAUGCAGAAAGUGCUUCAAAAUGGCCAUCAGAAUUUAAGAGGAUGCAAAGCAAGAUCAUCGAACUUUGGCAUGCCUGCAAUGUCUCACUGGUCCACAGGACCCACUUCUUCCUGCUAUUUAAAGGUGAUCCUGCAGAUUCUUUUUAUAUGGAGGUAGAGAUCAGGCGAAUGUCCCUUCUAAAGGACACAUUAUUCAGGGGUAGCGGAACUAUUGUUCAUGGACAAGUUCUAACAUCCACCUCAAGCAAGAAGGCUUUGAGUCACGAGAGGCAGAUGCUGGCCAGGCAAAUGCACAAGAGGCUCACUAGAGAAGAAAGAGAGAAUCUUUUCCUGAAGUGGGGUAUUCCAUUAAGCGGAAACAAUAGAAGGUUGCAGCUGGUCCAUCGCUUAUGGACCAAGACAAUAGAUAUGGACCACAUCACAGAAAGUGCCACUCUUGUGGCAAAGCUAGUUGGUUUUGGUGAGCAAGAGCAGGCUUUGAAGGAGAUGUUUGGGCUGCUCAAUUUUACACCAACACAUCCAAUCAGGAGGAAGUCUUCUAUUUGGAAACGCAGCGUAUUAUCGUUCUUGUAA